CCUGUGUCAGCCUGCACAUAGCUGCAACCAGGACACAACCUCAGUCAGUGACUCCGCAUAAAACUGCCAACUGGGACACCAGCCAACAUGGAACACCCUGAGGCAUUCUCUCCAGCCGACAACAUGGAACACCCUGAGGCAUUCUCUCCAGCCGACAACAUGGAACACCUUGAGGCAUUCUCUCCAGCCGACAACAUGGAACACCCUGAGGCAUUCUCUCCAGCCGACAACAUGGAACACCCUGAGGCAUUCUCUCCAACCUACAACAUGGAACACCCUGAGGCAUUCUCUCCAGCCGACAACAUGGAACACCCUGAGGCAUUCUCUCCAGCCGACAACAUGGAACACACUGAGGCAUUCUCUCCAACCGACAACAUGGACUUUGGGAACCUGGCUUCAAUCGGUGGGGGGGCAGCCUUUUAGGGAGGCAAGCAAUUUAAACCAGUGAACCAGUUAGAACCAGUGAGCCAGUUAGAACCAGUGAACCAGUUAGAACCAGUGAACCAGUUAGAACCAGUGAACCAGUUAGAACCAGUGAGACAGUUAGAACCAGUGAAUCAGUUAGAACCAGUGAGACAGUUAGAACCAGUUAGAACCAGUGAACCAGUUAGAACCAGUGAGACAGUUAGAACCAGUGAAUCAGUUAGAACCAGUGAAUCAGUUAGAACCAGUUAGAACCAGUGAACCAGUUUGAACCAGUGAACCAGUUAGAACCAGUGAGACAGUUAGAACCAGUGAAUCAGUUAGAACCAGUGAAUCAGUUAGAACCAGUUAGAACCAGUGAACCAGUUUGAACCAGUGAACCAGUUAGAACCAGUGAGACAGUUAGAACCAGUGAAUCAGUUAGAACCAGUGAGACAGUUAGAACCAGUUAGAACCAGUGAACCAGUUAGAACCAGUGAGACAGUUAGAACCAGUGAAUCAGUUAGAACCAGUGAACCAGUUAGAACCAGUGAACCAGUUAGAACCAGUGAGUAAGUCAGAUGAGUUGAACCAGUGAGCAGACAGAGAGAACUAUGUGGUACUAUAGAGACCAGAGAACUACGAUGAACACUGUGUUCUGAGAGAGAAGAUGACAGAGGCAACACUGUUGGCCCUUCUACAGGGGGCACCAAUGCUGUGGUCAGAAAUUGAGGGACCCACCACCACUACUACCGAGCUUCACCACCACCCCUCUGACCAGCAACACAAAGUCCCAUAGGAGGAACCCGGAAGUGAAGCAGGAAGUAAGCGGCAGUGGCAGCAGAAAGCAUGCUGGGAUGUGGGGGCGGGGCCAAGCUGCGCCACAGUUUGACGGUGGCCUCGGGAUUCGUUGAAAACCUGUGUUUCUCGGGGAUAGCGUACGGCUGGGCGUCGCUGGUGUUCAUCCUUAAGAACGAUGGCUACUUCAGUGACCUCUGUGACAUCACUGCCAACGCCACUGACCCCGGUGACAUUAUCACGUUGUCAGGGGAGCGGCCCAGUGAUAACAUCAUACAGUCAGACUGUAGUGGGCAGGAUGAACAGUUCUCUCUGGUCUUCACCGUCGCCUCCUUCUCCAUGAACUUCCUGCGUUUUCCUCUGGGCUUCCUGUUCGACCGCUUCGGCACCAUGGCGACCAGGCUCCUGGCCACAUGUCUGUACACCACGGGGACCUUGUUGAUAACUGUCUCCAGUCCAGAGCAGUCAGCGUUGCUGUUUCCUGCCAUCUCGUGCCUGAUCACAUCUGGAAUGUUGUUCUACACCACCAACGCUCAGGUGGGGAACCUGUUCGACAGCCACCGUUCCACGGUCAUAUCGGUCUACGCCGGGGCCUUUGACUCCUCCGCCGCUGUCUUCCUCAUCAUCAAGUUUUUGUAUGAAAGAGGGGUCUCUUUCCACUCCUCCUUCCUCGUUCUCUCCGUCUGCAGCGUCAUCCACGUCUUCCGGACGUUCUUCCUCAUGCCCAAGACCCACAUCCCCUACCCACUCCCCGACAGAUACGCUUACGGGGUGAGCUGCGGUGGCCGGCGUUGGGAGAAAGGGGGAGAGAGAGGAGAAAAGAACGGAGGAGGAGGAGAGAGAAAAGGAGAUGUGAAUGCCAGAUAUCAGAAGAAUGCUGUGUUACAGAAGGCUGAGAGUGCCCCGCUGCAGUUGCAGGACAAAGCAGGACCUUCCAGACCCGAUCAGCCUGAGAGAGUUACCAGUUUUAGGUGUUGUGUCCUGUCCUGGUUCUUUCUGUGGCACCUGGUCUGGGUGGCUGUCAUGCAGUUCUGUCACUUCCUGUUCAUCGCCACGGUGAACCCCAUGCUCAACCGGCUGGCCAACAGAGACCAGACCCUGGUGAGUCAGUACACCAAUGCCUUUGCCUUCACCCAGCUCUGUGGGGUCCUCUGUGGUCCCUGGAAUGGCCUCAUCAUGGACAGACACAAGGGGAAGCCACUGGCUCCAGGAGAGACGAAGCAAGAAGCCGACCUGCGCUCCUCUUCUCUCUCCCUCUUCCUCACCUCCCUCCAGUGCCUCCUCUUCUAUGUCUGCGUCUCCUCUCCUCUCCUUCCUCUCCAGUACCUCACCUUCAUCCUGCAAGUCCUCAACAGUGCCUUCAUCUAUGGUGGACACCAAGCCUUCCUCACCAUCGCGUUUCCCGGCUGCCAUUUUGGUAAAUUGUCUGGUCUGACAACAUCUCUGUCAGCUGUGGUUCUGCUUCUCCAGUUCCCUGUUCUACACCUCAUCAGAGAGUUCCUGCAUGGAGACCCUAUCUAUGUGAACGUGGGUCUGACCCUCCUCACCCUCCUCACCUUCAUCCACCCCCUCCACGUCCACCUCCACUGCCGCUCUCUAGCCAGUCAGAGGAGGGCUAGGACCGAACAGGAAGUGACAAACUCAGGGUCAGAGGUCACGUGCAACAGGCUGGUGGGGAUGUGACGACAACCAACAACAGUAGUGGUGCGUCUCGAUAGACUAAAGUCGCUUGCUCUCCUUGUCUCCUUUCCUUUGAUAACAUUGAUCUGAUAAAAUUGGUGGAAAACAGGGUCUGUGUCCCAAAUAGUGCCCUAUCCCCUACAUGAGGCAUUACUUUUGAUGGGCCCUGGUUAAAAGUAGUGCCCUAUAUUAGGGAAUAGGGUGCAUUGGGGCACAAACAGGUGCCUCUGUAGGAUGCCUUCCCUUCGCCAUCUUGCUUUCACUUGUCCGAUGUAGGUGAAGGAGAGGAGACGAGGAGAGAAAGCAUCUUUAGACUGUUGGGCUGCAUCCAGGACAAUUGACACUACAUCAUGGACAUUGCCACUGACUGUUCAAGGCAGGGCAAAGGAGGACAGUGACUAAAGUGAAGACCUACUGUAAUGUGUGUGUUAACCUGUCUGAUUGUAAUAAAGAAUACAACUAAACUGUGAAA